AAUUUGCGCUCGGGUGACUCGAGUAAAUACUAAACGGAAUCUGAGCUGAAUUAUAAUUCGUCUAGAACUAGGACAUGGUGUCUCCGCCCACUUCUAAAAACCGGGUCGCUGAUUGGACAAAGAUUCGUGAUUGAGGCGGAGUCCAUGGGUGUGGCGUGAAGUUUGACCGAACUAUGAUUGGCUUUCGUCUCCCUCUAUCACAAUCCGAAUAGCGGCUCCCAGAGCCAAACCACAUUUAACACAUUAAGCAACUGAUUCUGGUAAAGUGCCGUUGAUAUCAGCAUAGGAUAAGUAAUACUGCGUCAUUGUUUUCAAAUUUGAGAAGUUUAAAUGAGCAUUCAGGAACGCCAAACACCUUAAUUUCACCAGAGCGAAAUAAUUUCCUUCUCUUUUAUUUUGUCCAGUGCGUCAGAGCGCAGAAUAAUGUGUAGAUGAUAGAUAUCCGUCUACUUUCAAUUAAGACGAACACAACGGAAAACUCACUUGACAUGCACUUCAUGGACUUCAACGGACAACUACGGUAAUAUAAGGUAAAAUUCUAGGAACAUGAAAUGGUGGUCACAGGAGAAGAGAGCACCAUCCUGCAGUUGCAGGAAUGGAGGACACGAGCCACCUGCCUCCAGAUGGUGGUGGCAACCCCAAUCUAUCCUCCUCAACCCUCCAAUCAGAGUGUGAAAUGGAGAUCAGAACGGUCAGGAAGGAGCAAAGUGACCCAGAGACCUCUUCACAAAUGCGUGUGAGAAAAGAUGAUCUCUGUGAUGUGCCUCACAAGGUGCCUCGUUUCCAGUAUGUGGACUUUCCCUCUCUGCAUCAGUGUAUCCAACAGUUUUCUGUGCCUCCUCUGAAUGGUUGGCUGGGAUCAUGCUCGUUGGCAAAGGCACCAAACCAUAGACCUGUCAGUCCCAAAGAGAAGGUGCCCAAGUAUAAGUAUGUGGAUUACCCCUCUCUCCACCACUGCAUUCAGCAGCUGUCUGUUCCUCCGUUAGAAAGCUGGAGUGCAGGGCUGGUCAGGCUCAAUGCAGAGGGAAGACAGGAAGGGUCUGGGUUGCAGAAGAGACCUUCUCAGCCUGGGACUGUAAGAAACAACCAAAGGGUUCAGAUGAAUGAGGCUGGAGAUCAGAACAUGGAGGACAGGAGUAGAGUAACAGUAUUUUCUUUCCAACAUACAAACUCAGUCACAGGCAAGGAAGAGAGUCCUGUGGGGAAUACUCAGAGAGCCUUCAUCUCAGACAGGGAGAGAGGAUUGCCAGAGUGGGUAGAGAAAGGUAACGCACCAGAUUGUGAUUCCAGGUUCGAAUCUGGUUCUGGAUCUCAGACAGACACAGUGGUGAUGAGAAAAGACAGACCUUCAGUUAUUAGCAUGGUGCACACAAAGAAGCAGCAGCAUUGUACAAAGGCAGAUCACCGGGAAGAUCAAUGGGACUCCUCAGAUUCAGUCGAACAGGUACCAUGGAAUACUCUAGAGUUAGUAUGCCCAUUCUGCCAACAGAUGUUCACAAAUCCUGAGAAGUUUAGAGCUCACCAGCAGAGCCAUAGAGAUAAGGUAAUUCACAGGUGUCUAAUUGGACUGAUCUGCUCAGCCAGGAGAGAAAUGCUUCACCAAAUAAAAUAAUGGAUAUCCAAGACGGCAAGAACCCAGACCCCAGAAAUACAUGCCCGGAGUGUUUCUCCCCACUGAAACCUGCAGAUAUAAAAGGAUGCUCUAAUGCAUUGCUUCAAUGUACUCGAUGCCCUACCACUCAGUUCCUGUGUUCAUCCUGCCUCUACCCCUGCACAUCUACAACUGACCCUGAUUCUUCUUCCUGCACCAACACUCUGUGCCCACUGGUCUCCACACUGCUAACAUGUGGAGUGGUGUCAGAUCAAAAGAGUAAAGUUCUUGGGUGUCCCGAGUUCAGAGCAUGUCCCAAGUGUCACAAUUUAAUUAUGCAUGAAAAAGGAUGCAAGUUUAUCACAUGUACAUCAUGCCGUCACCAAUUCUGUUUCAUCUGCUUGCAAAAUGACUGUAAAAAGGAUAAGGAAAACUAUUGGUCCCUAACUUGCAAAAAGCCAAGAGCAGAAAGACAGAGAUUUCUAUCACCACAAGCCUGAAAAGCGAUUCAUUUCAGGCAUGGGAACGAUUCUAUUUACAGCCUAUAGACCUUAUUCACAUUAGCACUAUCUUUGUUUUAUUUUUAUUUUUAAUGGGAAUGACAACGAGGCUGUGAGAGACAGACUUCCAGUCUCUUCAGUGGGCUAUACUGCAGUUUAAAGUGUUUUUGGAUCAUUCAGUGGACAAAACAUUGAUAAAAUAUCUGUCCAAGAACAUUCAAUAUACAAAGAACUCCAGACAACAUGAGUUUUGGAAAAUCAAAUGUGAUCUAGGAGCUUUAUACCAUUCGUGCCAUUGAAUAGAUGAUAAGUCUAUCCCUCACAGCCUUGUUGUCAUUCCCAUAAAAAUCUCUAAAAAUCUAAAGAUUGCACUAGCGUGAAUAAGGUCUAUUCAGGAAAUGCAUAAAAUCUGAUUGACCUGAAAUUUUUAUUUUACUGACCUGGACUAUGGUUUGCAGGCACAACAAAAGUAUGAAAAAUGAUUAGUGAUUAAACUACAAAUCCCAUCCAAUACAAAAAAAUUUGCACUAGUUGACAUAGAAUAUCGGUGUGCAAUCUUGUGCUCAUCACAAGAGUAACUGAUGCGCUCUGUUAAAUAACACAUGGAUUCAGCUAACAAAGCACCAUUUAUGUGUCUAAAUAUCCUAAAAAUACAUUUACCAUCAUAUCUGAUAAACCACAAAAAUGGUAAACUGGGAAAGUCUGCAUCUAUUAUUGUAGAACUACACAUAGUCAGAUGUCUUUGAGGGUGGACUCUGACCUGACCUGUUACUGGUGUUUAAGGCCUCUGUGAUUUAAUCAUAGCAGUGACCAAAGUUGGCAUCUCACUAGCUGACUCCAAACAACUCGAUUUUGGCAGAGUGUCACACUUGCCGAGAUCUCACACUCUCAAGUCGGAAUAUAUGACACACUUGCCGAUUCAAAAUAGUGGAGGGGUGACAGAGAUUCCGACUCUCUCUCCAAUUUCCUACCCUGUGGAGCUCACCGAAAUAACAACAGGAGUACCACAUGAACAUAAAUAAUUAUAAAAGAGUGAUUUAGGAUGUAAUUCAUUUAAACACAUUCACAAGGUGAAGUUACUAAGUACUUAUCCCCCAAAGGCUUGCCGUAGAACAUGUAUUUCCAUAUGCAGCUUUCAUUGAGUAAAGAAAUUAUGUUCAAUAAAAACAGACUGUUGUAUCUCCGUUCUCUGAUUUUAUUAGUCAUUUUUAGUGUAGGAGAACUCCAGAAAAACACUUUGUGACAGAAUCACUAUUACAAAUGGUGUUUGUGAUGAUAUGCAGCUGUGAGUUUGAUCGCUGAUGAAAACGUUCAGAACAGCAUGACAUCUCGUCAGUUCUUCAGUAAAAGAAGCUCACUGGUCACUUGACGAGCCCGCAAGAGUCUGCUUCGGCAAAAGAACGUUUUUCUAACAGUUCUGGUUUACUUUUCCAGUUCUGGAGACAUUAACUCAGGGAGUCCCGACGGUCAAAGUAUUAACGACCUACCGCUGGCAGAUGCUAAUAUACACUUACCUAAUGCACAGUCUCUCACCAACUGGCUGGCGAUUAUGUAAAUUAUAAAUGAUUGUAAUUGUACAUUGUAAAUGAAGGUUACUCCAGACAAUCGCAGGAACAAUUGGCUAGUUUGACACUGGCUUAAUUUGUUGCUCAACAGUUAGUGGGUUGUCAAACUGAAGACCAGAAGAACAAUGCUUAUUAUUACUGCUCUCUAUAAAUACUUAAUUCUGAUUUAUCAAUUUCAGAAUUUUCAAAAGUUUUUUACUGCUCACUAAACUAUAUAAUAGGCUUUUGACCUAGGCAACUGAGAUUACUCAUAUAACUGUGCUAAUUUCACCUUUCUCAUUUCACUCAUGAGGCCUCUCUCUAAUAUAACAGUUUUAAAUCAAAUCAAUGUCAACUAAAAAAUGUCAAUUUAUUUAUUUAGUAUAUAGUCAUGAAAAACAGGCAUAAUGUAUAGUGAGCCAGUCAUUAUUGCACAAUAAAUCGGGCCACGGUUUUCAAACGGGGGAGGCACGCCACCCCAGGGGGGCGCCAGAGCAUGUCAGGGAAGGUGUGGAAAUUGAUGAUAAAUUCACCAAGCAAAAUCAAAGUACACAUAAAUAUAAUACAAAUUUAUAGUGAAGAUAAAGGAAAAAAAUGCUAAAAUGCUCCAGCUUAACAGACCGUAGCUCUAUGGCGCUAUAAUAAUGUUAAAAUGUCAUGAACGCAUGCAUAUCACGUGAGAGUGCAUCCAUGUACCGGCUGCACGAGAGCAAAUCAAUUCACUCGCACACAGAUUUCCUUCGCUCUCGCACAAAACUGGACACAUGCUCUCACAUAUACGCUGCUCUAUGAAAUCUCCCUGCUCUCGCUCAGAGAGUGUGUGUGCAUGCUCAAAACGUGUCAUAUGCACUCGCAAAUCAAUCAUAAAGCCAUAUAGCUCUGCCUCAUUCAUUUAUCAAGACGUGUCCAUUAUUACGAAUUCAACAUGAUACAGAGUCGACGUGUCUUCGUGUUUUUGACAGAUGAAGUUUCACAGAGACUGGCUCAUGUGAUGCGAGUUUAUCACAAAUAUAGGCUAAAAACAGUUAAAUAAUGCCAUUAUCAUAAGGACAAACUUGUAUUUGUAAUAAAAAUAAUGCAAAAUACAGUUUCAUAUUAUUAUUAGAAAUACUUAGAGCUGUUAAUCACGCAUCAGUGUAUGAUGCAUUAAUGAAUGAGUCUAUUAUGAAUUUUGAUAUUAUGAAUUUUGAUAAUAUAACACUAGAGAAAAAUAAAAAUAUAUUUUAAGAUAAAGCUUUAAAUAAGUGGCCAGAACAGUAGCCUACUGUUGUUUUUAGUGGAAGUUUUUUUUUUUUUUUUUACAUUUAGCAAUAUUCAAUAUUUACUUGGCUAUUGUAUAGGCCUACACACAACAUUGUUGUGUGUAGAGUAUUAUUAUAAUGUUUAUAUAUAAAUAUGCCAAAAAAGGGAGGGGGGUAAGAAGGGCGCAGUCUUGUAAAUUGUCUCUCUGUCAGAGGGGGGCUUACUGUUUAAAACUUUGAAAACCCCUGCUUUAUGGUGAUACAAGACCUUUCAGAGUUUAUUUUGCAAUAAUGACUGAAAGACUUUACAUUAUCCCUUACUUCUUUUAUAAGAGGCCAGCAAUCAUUCAAUUUCAAUGAUCGCUCUCAUUGGAGCAAUACAGAAAGAUACAUUGUUUCAUUUUAAGCAUUUGUAUUAAAGUAUUUAUAUUAAAGUACACCAGAGUACUGUCCAGAUUCAGGGUCUUAUUGUCAGGCACAUGCUUUUGAAAGGCAUUAAGGUAUAAUGGGUAUGGAUUUGGCAGAUGCUUUUCAUUUAAAGCAAAUUUUAAAUACACUCACUCCAAAGACAGGCCCCCUAGAGGAAUUUCAGGAUAAUGCAGGUAUGUAAUCAUAUA